AUGAAAAAAAAUUAUUUUCUCGUAAACUUAGUUGGAAUCGAUUUGGGGUCGACGUAUUCCUGUAUCGGAGUUUGGCAAAAUAACAGAAUUGAAAUUAUUCCCAAUGAUCAGGGUUAUCUUACGACGCCUUCUUAUGUCGCCUUCAAAGGAAUGGAUACUCUUAUCGGCGAUGCCGCAAAAAAUCAAGUUAAUAUAAACCCCCAUAAUACUGUAUUUAACGUCAAACGUCUCAUUGACCGUAGUUUUAACGACGAAGAAGUUCAAUCCGAUAUAAAGAAUGGAAGGCCAUCUAUUCAAGUAAUAUUCAAAGGUCAAAAGAGAGAGUUCACACCUGUAGAGAUAUGUUCUAUGAUCCUGGGAAAGUUGAAGGAAAUUGCGGAAGAUUACCUUGGCACAAUAGUUAACAAUGCCGUAAUUACGUCACCAGCUUACUUUAAUCUCUCUCAAUGUCAAGCUAUAAAAGAUGCCGGCUUGAAAGCCGGUUUAAAUGUAAUUCGCAUUAUUAAAGAUGCAAAUGCAGCAGCUAUUGCUUAUGGUUUACUUCAAAAAUCUAUUGGUGAACGAAACGUACUUAUCUAUGAUUUAGGUGGUGGUACUUUUGAUGUCUCCCUCCUUACUGUUGAAGAAGGAAUUUUGCAAGUAAAAGCUGUUGCUGGUGACACACAUCUUGGUGGAGAGGAUUUUGACAAUCGUAUUGUAAAUCAUUUCGUGCAAGAAUUCAAGCGCAAGUUCAAGAAAGAUCUUAAAACGAAUAAACGUGCUCUCUGUCGAUUAAGAAUUGCUUGUGAACAUGCAAAACGUCAACUUUCAACAUCAUUAAACAUUUCCAUAGAAAUAGAGUCUCUCUUCGAGGGUAUUGAUUUCUAUACCACAUUAACGCGUACCAAAUUUGAAGAAUUGAACCAAGACUUAUUCCGAGCUACAUUGGGACCUGUUGAAAAAGUACUCCGAGAUUCUAAUAUUGACAAAAGUCAAAUUCAUGAAAUUGUCCUGGUCGGAGGUUCAUCACGUAUCCCCAAGAUUCAAAAGAUGGUGUUCGAGUUCUUCAAUGGUAAAGUACCAAAUAAUUCCCUUAAUCCUGAUGAAGCAAUUGCCUACGGUGCUGCCUUUCAAGCUGCUAUAUUAUCUGGUGAUGCUUCUGCUAUUAAUACAAAUUUACUUUUGCUCGAUGUCAAUGCUUUUUCUCUUGGCAUUGAAACCGUCGGUGGUGUCAUGACACCGCUUAUUAAGCGUAAUACUAAAGUACCUGUUAUGAAAUCCGAAAUUUUCUCCACAACUUCUAACAAUCAACCGGGAGUGCUUAUUCAAGUUUAUGAAGGUGAACGUGCCCGUACUAAAGAUAACAACUUGCUUGGAAAGUUCCAAUUAACUGGGAUUCCGAAAUCACCAAGUGUUGAUAAAACAACUGGCCUAUCGAAUCAGAUAACCAUCACGAAUGAAGAAAACGAACGAAUUGGAAUAGCUGUCAUAGGACAAGCAAUACAGGCACGGGGAUCAUUUCAAGUCGUGAAUUUUUCUACAAAUAUAUUUGAAAUUGUGAAGAAGCUUUUUGGU